GUAAACCAUAUGAGAUGUGAGGUGAUUCAAGAUGUCUUUAGCACUCAAGGUGAGUCGCUUUCAUACAAAUUAUUUGUUUUCUAUCUUUCUUCCUCGAUUUUAGGAUGUAGAAGUGAGCGAACAUUCCCCACAAAUAUCAAGUGUGCCUUCUGGGUAUUUUUGAUGUUUUUAUUCGCAGGUCAGAAAAUUAUAGACGAAUGUUUACCUUCCAUUGAGGGCGUUAAGAUGAAUUGAAGUGAAUCUUAAUUGAUCCAGUGUCAUAGAUUUUCUGGGCAGAAUAAUCUUGAAUCUAAUAGGAAAUUUCCUAUAUACCGUACUCAUUGUCAAAUUUGAUGUCUAUCAGAAUGCGUAAUGAAGUUUUUACUGAUUCAUGUUGGAGUGCCAAGCUCAACUUACUCUUAUCAAAAACCUAAAGUGACUCAGUGUUCGUUACAAUACAAUGAUAAAUAUCUGAGACGAAGAUUACUCUAGGGAAAAGUUUUGGAUUAUCGUUUUAAGGAUAUUUGGAUCCGUAGUGAUUUAUAAUAAGAGGUGUUCGAAUUCUCAGUUAAAUCCAGACACCGAUGAAUCAUGCGACAUUUGGUGCUGAAGCGUUUGCUACGCAGCUAGUUCAGACUACUAUUUUUAAAAUAGUCUACAAUGGAUCCAAUCGUGUACAAAACCGAGUUAGUUAAUUCAACAUAGUCAAUUCAACAUAGAAUGAAAUGAAAAUUCUGAACCCGUUGUGUCUUUUUCAUAAAGGCCACCUGAAAUAAUAAUCCAUGGUUUCCGAAUGUUACUCGCUCUUUGUUCUUUCGAUCGUUCCCUGCGUCAGAGAAUCUAUGUAGCCUCGUUCGCAACCGUCGUCUCAGCUCGUCACGCCAAGCGCUUUUUUUCCCAAGUCAAGGUGUCGCGUGAGUGAAUAGACAAUUUGAUAUUUUGAUUUUGUUUUUGUUUUAUGCCUCCUCAUAGAUAGCAAUAUGUGCGUUUGCUGCCAUAUUGACCUGUUCCGUUCAGUGUGUCAAGAGCGCAAGUAAGUUUGAAAUGUUUGAUCAUUUAAUAUGAAGACAACUGAAUCCUCCGACCCCACCCCAUAUGAAAAAAAAAAAUGAAAUUCCAGAAUUAGUAGAUUAAUUUACCGUAUUUCUACGAAUAAGCGCCCGGACAAGAUUUCGGCUAAUAAGGAGGGCGCUUAUUCAAGGGGGGGGGGGAGGGGAGGGGGGGGCUUAUUAAAUUAGCACCAAGAGAAUAUAAACUGAGAGAACUUAUCCCCCAUAGGUAGCACGACAGUAGGAAAAAAAAAUUAAAUAAUAGAUAACGCACGUAAAGGAAUUCUAGAAGCACAUGGAGAUGGAAAUAACUGGAAGUUAAACUAAGGAAAAGAAACUAUUCUCAUGUACUGAUCACCUUUGUAGUUGAAGCUUAAAAGAUAUAAAUAAAGUGGCAAGAGAAACAGGCUAUCCUAUCCCCCCCCCCUCAAUAUCUUGAGGGGGGCGCUUGUUUGACAUUAUAGCCAAGGGGGUGGGCGCUUAUUCGAGGAAAUACGGUAUUAUGACUUGAAUUUACUUGCGUUACAUUAUUUAACUGUAGGGUCUGGAAGGAAAGGUUGCGCACAAGUGCUCCGAGACUUAAAGAGGAAUCCACCGAAUCAUACCGUGAUCCACAUCAACAUACGCUUAUCCAAAGCAAAAUACAUUUGUCAUAAAGGAUUCAUUUUGUCCGGAUCUGAACUGCGGACUUGCAGGAGAGGGAGAUGGAGAGAGAAAGAGGACCCCAAAUGUUUAGGUAACAUUAAAUGAUUCAAAAAUAAUUGAAACCCCAUAGCUCCUGGGCUUUUCCCUCGACAUUGUUCAUUUUGUUUUACUUUACGUUUUAUGAUUUAUUUCAAAAUUCUCUCAGGUGUAUAUCUACAUGUAUGUCUUUACCUCCUGUUGUCUUUUAGUUCCCAGACCUUGUGGAAGACCAAAGGUUAUACCACACCUUAAAUACACAGGUUCAAGUUUUAACUUCAAGGAUGAUUUGAAGUAUGAAUGUGACGUCGGCUUCAAACUGAAAGGACCCAAAAGAAGAAAAUGUGGUAUUACUGGAAAGUGGUCCAGGGCACCUAAAUGUCUAGGUUCGUUACACUCCAGCUCUUUAUGUUGUUUUUCGUCUCUCUCUGUCUUCCCUUUUUGUGAAACCAUGGACUGUAAACCACAAAUACUGGCACACAGCAAGAGUCCUUUAUAGAACCCCUUAUCUCCAUAUGGCCGUUUAGGCCAAAUGGUGUUUUACUCUCCGUUUAUUUAGGACUAUUAAUCGCUGUUAUUUUCUUUUUCCGUCAGGUCCUUGCGGGAAGCCCAGCGAUAUCCCCCACGCUCACGUUGAAGGUUCAAGUUAUGACUUCAAAGAUACACUCAGUUACACCUGUGUGAGAGGCUACAAACUUAACGGACCAAUCAACAGAAAGUGUCUCGAAAAUGGAGUGUGGUCUACAGCUCCGUCAUGUUCACGUAAGUCGUAAUGCGUCCCCCACGAUUAAAGUUGAAAACUAUUUAAUAGAUACUUAUCAUAUCUCUCACUACGUGGUCUGAUUGGUUAAUUUCGCGAGCUUUUAUCACUUUGCGGCCUACUUAAUUCCAAAGUCUGUUUGAAUUGAAAUUUUCACCCUCUAUUUGUACUGAUUUGCACAAUAAGUUAUGGAACCCUGUUUUUUCCGCUCGGAUUUAUGGCUCGCGCGCUUCACGCUUAAGCCAUAAAUUCGAGCAGAAAAAACUCAGUCUGUAACUGACAGCACAGACCGAGAAAACGAGUUUAAGAAGUGGCAUAUCUCUCCAAAUACCUCAAUUAAGUGACCAUAUAUUGAUGACAAUUACAGUGGACAACGGCCCAAGCCUCUUCAGUGUAAAGCAGAUAAAUUUCAAACAGAAAUGCUAUACCUCUGCAUUGUUCAUAUUCAUCCCUGCUUCCCACGUCAAAUUUGUUCUUAUGUUUUCCUCUCCCGCAAUAUAUUUCCACAGGAAUCCAAUGCGAGGAUCCUGGAAAGCUAACCAUGCGAAAUGGAAAUAUAACUUCAUAUGAAACCAAUUUCUUUUAUGGCGCAACUUUGUUGUUCGAGUGCAAUGAAGGCUAUGAGUUGAAAGGAUCUGAAACAGUCAGUUGCUUGGAAAAUGGCUGGAUACCUCGACGGUGGCCAUAUUGUAGCAGUAAGUGUAUUUGGUGAAACCCAGCCGAGGCAUUCAAUAGAAUGGGCGGAAGUAUCAUGUGAUACAAAACAAGAAAAAAUUCAUGGAGGGCGGAUUUUGGCCAUCAUCCUUAUCACUCAUAUCUUUCCAUCAUUUUCCUUAUUUUUUUUUUGUUUUGUUUUGUUUAGUUUUUUUUUUCACGUUUUUCUGUCUUAGAUUGACUUAUCUGCCAUGAGAGCUUUUUUUGGGACAUUUGAACCGUUCACUGGAUGAUGUGGAGUAUGCCAUUUCAUUCAUUAUUUUGAAUUUCUAAUUGAAAUCCAAACAGAGAAAGUUUGUCCUGAUCCUGGAAGACCAGAAGGAGGUCACCGAUUUGGAUACAGAACAGUUGGGAGUACGAUGCAGUUCUCUUGUCAAGCAGGAUAUAAACUCCACGGCUCAGCGGUGAGAACCUGUCUGGAAAAUAAGGAAUGGAGUGGAUCUCUGACUACAUGUCAAAACGGAAGUAAGUGGAUUUUACCGGUUACUAUGAUUGUUACAAGCUGUAUUGUCUUUCAUCGGUACAUCUGAAUUACGGAAAUGAACAAUGGCUCAUCUCACAUAACAGCAUAACAGCAAAGUGACGUUAACGUUUCAAGUUAUGAUAAAGAAGUCCUCGAAUCGCAAAUUUUAAAUUUCAAAACGUUUUUGCACCACCUAUUAUCAUUUUUACCCUUGUGUACCCCACGUACCGGAAGUAAGACAACUUGAACUCCAUUUUGAUUAUAUUUGAUGAACAGAUGAUGGAAAUUCUGUUGAUGAAUCGCAACCAUUAUUUCUUUAAACUGUUUAUUUUUGGCCGAAGAGACACGAAGUUUGAAUGGAACAGUGCUUUCAAUAAGAAUUGAAGAAGGUGGCUACAUUUGUGAAGCACCCGCCGGAGAAUAAUAUAAAUUACAAUUUCCCACUAAUAUCCCAUAACUUCCAUUCAGAAUAAAUUGGCUUCAAUAGAAGUUUUCGGUGUUACUUCCGUAGUUGAUCAUUAAGUAUUAGUCUCCUUUAAAACAAUUGUUUAACUGAUCAUUUUUUCGCCGGAAAUGUAUGAAACGUAUGCUCGAAUAUAUGAUAACACAAUAUUAAUCAUUUUCAUUAAAAGUCGUUUAUAAAGGUAAAAGUCGAAUGAAAGAACUCUAGAAGAACUCGAGGUGUUUUAGGCCUCACUCCGUGAGUUUGCUUGAAAGCAUACAAAGUAUACCCAGCUGACCCGGCGAUUUCCAACAGAAUACCUGCCGGAGCUCCGGCGGGUGCUGGGUCUUAUUGAAAGCAGUGAUUGAAAAAUGAUAUUCUUUCAGACACCCAUUGCCCGAUUCUUGGUAGUCCCGUAAGCGGACGAAAGUACGGUAGCAGCUACAACAAAGGAGACAUUGUGAAAUUCAAGUGCAAUCGUGGAUUUGUGCUGAAAGGUUCUGCGGUGCGGGUGUGUAGAGAGAACAGGACAUGGAAUGGCACAGAGACUUUCUGUAAAGGUAUAGAAUACUGCCCACUUUUUCCAUGAGUUUCUGUGUUAGAAAAAGUGUUGUUUUACUGAAAUAGAUUAGUUCUACGGAUAUGGCCUGAACAAAAAUGAAUGUUUCUUGUCGUUUAGAUUUGAAUCUCUUUUCAAGUUUUCUUUUUUUUUUUUUUUUUAAUUAGAUAAAGUCGAGGACAGUUUCGAAGAUGUUAACACAACGGCCUUCAAUCUUCGGAAGAAUCUCAUCGAUACCUUGUUGACGUAUACCAGUGUCAAUACAACGAACUCCUCCGGGAAUACUCGCGGGAGAGCAAUCUUCAAUCAGUACGAUAACAUGUUAGAUCUAGUAUUUGUGCUUGAUGCUUCCACCAGCGUAACAAGAGAAAAGUUUCAACUUGGUCUGAGAUUUGUGAAGAAGCUUGUAAAAUUCCUUUCAACAAAUAGCACGAGGUACGGGUUGAAAGUUAACCUUUCCUUAUGUUUGUGUUCGGGCACCUGGCUAGUCUGUAGACGUGAAAAUUAUUUACGAUUAUCGCUUUCCUCUCUUCGAAUGAUCUUCCACCAAACCUUCCAGGGGAGAAAUCACGACGAUGAAAAUUUCUCGUCAAUACACUCAACAUGAAGAAGCGACGGCCAGCCCGGGUUAUGCCUAACUUAUGUUUAACAUUUUUUGUAUCAGUAACACAAGUACAACAACAAAAUUUUUUCUACUGACGGAAGUUUUUCGCACAUCUAUGUUAAGAGGUAUUGCAACAGAAGGGCAAAAAUUUGAACAUUUCCAGCAAACUCGUUGAUUGGAUCUCCAAUUUGGGGCCGGUUAUCCUCGCAUGCGUGAACUUGAACUUUCAAUACAGUGUUAACUUGAUAAGUAAUGGUAAUAGGACUGAGUGGAGUCCAUUUCGGUCUGUAAUCAUACAAGUGAUUAACAAAAUCACGAGUAUGAUUACAGACAGAAUUGAAGAACACGAAGUCCUGUUACAAAGCUAUGACAAAAUUUGAGAAAGAAACUAGACAUCGGUUAGACAUUUUCCUAAAAAAAAACAGCAAAAGUUGACUCGGCGAAAUGCGAGACAACAGUGUGCGCACAUGACGCGUUCUGUCCACUUACACAGGCAUGACGUGUUAACUGUCCCUUUAACUGUCCUAUUACACUGUUCAAUUACAAGCGUGACGCGUACACUGCCUUAUUAGUGCUCAAAUCGGGCUGGUGAUAACUAAUCACGUUCGAGAAUUUUGUUGUAGUUUUGAUUAUCUUGUGUCAGCGUAUAACGGUAUUUUUAACCGACCCAAGAUAUCUUGAAUUUGGGACACUUCCUAGAUGUUGAAUUGUAGAAAAGUAUUAAUGUAGUGUGGACCUGGGAAUCUUGAACUUAUGCUUUUCCUCGGCCGUAAAUUUGUGCCCGUGUUUCACCGUAAUUUGGCGGCACCUCUAAGUGUAUAAGAGCAUCACCGAGGUUUUUAACCUGGAGCAGUCUUGAAAAUUCAUCAUCUCUAACUCUUGGAACACUUCCCCUAGGCUCCAGUACCCCUAUAUUUCUCUGAGAGUAAUCACGGUAGAAGCUUUUCCCCCCUUAUAGGGCUUUCAAAAAAAAAAUAAGGACAGCGGCUGUAACAUUUGGCACAGACGUUACACUACACUUCAAUUUGGGAGAUGAAAAGGGCAGCACAAUCCAAAAGACUCUUGCAGCUAUUGACGACAUACGUUUCGAAGGGGGAGCAACUGCCUCAGCUGAUGCUUUGAAAAAGGUCAAAGAUGUAGUGGUCCCUCACAAAAGGUUUGGCAGCGAUGGGGUGCUGAUAUUCAUAACAGACGGAAAAUCAAACACGGGGGGUCCUCCCCAAAAAUUAGCGGCAAAACUCCGCGAAGAAGAUGACUUUGAAAUAUAUGUUAUUGGUAAGAGGACCUUGUCUAAAGUAGCAGUAUUUCACUCACCUGUUUAACCUUAGGUUCAUUCACAUAGUCCUUGAUAAGCAGUUGAAUCAACUUUUUAGUGAAUAAUCUUCACCAAGAGGAAUUCGUUAACAGAAAUCAACGCUGCUCUUUGUCAUGGUCACGUCAUGGUCUUUUGUGACCAUACAAAAACAUAAUUUUGUAUGGUCAGACCUUCCUGGUUAAAACAAACAGUAUAUUAGUUUCCUUAUUUCCAAAUUUACAUGGGACCUCGUAACUUCUAUUCCCAUUCAAGCACAGUCUAGACCUUCUCUGAAAAAAUGAGAACGCUCCUCGUUGAUCAAUUUCUUUUGCAUUCCCAAAAUGCGUUGCGUUUUUUUUUAUUUUUUUUAAUUUUUAUUUUUAUGUUUAUGUUGCUAUGCAAAAUCCAGCCAUUCGCUAAAGUCAAGAUUCCUACGCCACGCGAUUGGGCUUUUUCUAACUUCAAGUGGUCCGGGCUUGCUGCUCCGCUCUAUCGCUUUUUGUUCUGAAAUUUUUUUUUAUUAGUUUUAUAACUUUAUUUUUUAUUAUCACAAGGAGUGGGAAGGGACGUACGUCAAACAGAACUAUGGCAAAUAGCGUCAUAUGGCAAGCGUAAUGUAGUACGCCUCAGAACUUAUGAAGAUCUUGAUAGAGUCAUUGACAAAGCAGUAAACACCUAUGUUAGUAAGUUGUGUUGGUUGUUGAAAUUCUAAAUAUUGCUAAUUUAUACUUCAAUGUUACGUAUAGUUAAAGCUCCCUUGAUUUAAAAGUCUUGACAUAUCAACUAAAUACCCCGAUCACACCAAAGCUUGAACAUAUUUUAUUACUGUUUUGUUAAACUUUUUUUGUUUUAAGUCGUCUACUUAUAGAAGGUGCUUAAACCAAUGUUUGUUAACUGAAAUUUAGCACACUCAAAAUACAAGUUAGUUAUUACUUGAAACUUAUGGAAAUUUAGGUUUGCAGAUCUCUGUUUUCAAUUGUCAUGCAGUUAAACCGAACUUUUUUUGCUGGUUUGAAUUGGGUAUGAGUGUUUGUUUGGCCAAUCGAACCCUCUUAUCGGUAAAUAGAAGGUUGCGACCAAAGAGGAGUAUGGAAGAAGAAGGUCGAGCGGAACUGAUUCUUUCCUUUCAAUAGGGAAAGUUAGUUUUCACACUCCUCCUUGGAAUACAGUACUUGUCUAAUAAGUUGAGUGCCGAACCCUGGAGACAAUGUCGAACCCUUUCCAAACGCGUAGUACUUUCGUACAAGAUAAUUGGGCUUUGGAAUGUUUCGCUCGGACGAAGGGCUAACUCUCGAAACGCUCAACUCAGCUGGUAAAAUCCAAUUAUCUUACAACACCCUCACCGAAGCAAUAUCACAGUUUCUUUAGAAACUUACCACCGUUAUAAAUUUUACUUUCUUACAGACUAUUCUUCGUGUGGAGAAAGUCAAUUUGACUUGCGCGGACGUAUCGUUAGUGGUGAAAUUUCAAGGAGAGGAAGGUGGCCCUGGCAAGUUGCAAUUUACAUCGUCACAAGUAAAGUUUAUUUCAUUGUGUGUUCUUUCAUGUAAAUAUUCAUAUCAGGCAAAAACGGCUGGGGGCGAUAAUCAGAGCAGUACCUCUUGAAAACGUACCGCCUGAAUUAACUGCCCGGCCACGGUUGUUCGAAGGUCGGAUAACGCUAUCCACUGGAUAAAUCUUUAUCCUGAUGUGGUUUUGCGUUUGCUAGAUUACCUAGUUUAUCGUCAGUAGUCGGAUAUUUACAAUAAUUGACGGCUCUUUCGAAGGGUCAGUUCACUCUGAAAUCUCAAAUCAUGAUAAAAAAAAAUCUAAACACUGGAUAAUUUCGAAGGUAAAAAAAUACAUGCUUUUUGGAGCAAACUUCUCCCUUAAUCCUUCACAUCCUAACAUCAGUAUGCAUAUUUUCCAUUUCUUAUAGAUAUUACUGACGAAGCUGAUUUGUUUAACAAUCGAAUGAUUCUUUCAGUUGCGAUCAUUUCCCAUAUUCUCGUGAUGUUUGAUUAAGAAGCGAUACUGUAAGAAGAAAUAAGAUGCAUGAGACAGUACUGAAGUGCCUCCUUUUUUCCACAAGUUUAGAUUAAUUUUAAUAACUUAAAAAAAUGCUUUAAGUGUUCUAUUCUACAAACAAGUAGAAAAACUGCUGACACAGAGAGCUCAGCAUUGAUUAAGAUGUUAAUUCUCCCUAUAAUAUCCAUACUUUAUCUACCAGACAGGUAUUGAGAAUAUGAAAACUUAUCAAGUAGAAGUUAUUUUGAUCUAACACAGAAUUCUCUUGACUAGUUUACAAAGAAAUGUGUAGCAACUGGAGGGAGAAUUAACAAUCAGAUCUUGGCAAAGCGCUCAAAGCGCUUUGCAUGUCAUUGCAAUUGAGUGCAGAGUAGAGUAGAGUAUUUAGGUUCAAAUUUCAAAAACAAGAGCGUGCUAGCGAUAAAACCUGUUAACUCAACUUUAAUUUCGUCUUCUUUCAGACUAUGAUUGGGCCGGACAACAGAAAUUCCACUGUAGUGGUUCCCUUAUUUCUCGUCAGUGGGUUUUGACUGCCGCUCAUUGCUUUUUUAAAAAGGAGAAAAACGAGGUCCGAAGACUUACCAGCCCGUCCUCGUGAGUUGUAGACCAACUGAUCUUUUCCCAGUCAAUGCAUCCAUAUAUUCAUUCAACCAUCCAUCUGUUCGUUAUCCAUUCAAAUGCUUAUCCUUUUCCUUUUAUUCCUUCCAUCCAUCUUGCCAUUCACCUCGCCCAUCAGUUCCUCCAUUCGUUGACAGUUGAUCCAUUCGCCUUCCAUCAACCCUUCCAUGGGUCUGUCUGUCUUCCUGUCUAAUAUCACCAUGCUCUGAUUUUUAUUCAUAUACUGAUCAUUAUAGUGUUAUAGUUAGAUCAAACAAAACGAUAUAAGUUCUCUGUACGAAAAAAAAAAUUAUAAUUCAGUUGAAAGUUCCUCGUUCAAAAGCUAUGCAUUAAGGAUAUUAGUAAGUGGAAGUUUGGAUCAUUUAAUCCGGCCUUUUCUUGCACUACUUUUGUUGGUAUUUUUCCCCUAUUCUUCAGUGUAUUCCAAGCUCAUGUUUUUCUUGUUCUCGUGUGUGACAGAAAGUGGGCCAUCAAAAAAUAAAAUGUUUUUUCGCUGUUGGUCUAAAAGCUACUGAAAUCAGUACCGCAAAGUUCUCGUUUUGAUUCUGACGCAAAAUAGUGUAAUGUCACACCUAUUCUUAUAAUAUUCUCAGAUACGUUUUGUACGCUGGUGUCCAUAACUUAACAAGGAAGGGAAAUAAAGAGACCACGCAAGAAAGAAAACCUAAGAAAAUAAUUCCUUAUGACGACGAUUUUGACUUCAGCUCGUUCCGAAAUGAUAUAGCUCUUGUGAAAGUCGAGCCGCCGUUUGAAUUGAAAGCGUUUGUGCGAACUGUGUGUUUGCCUGAGAAGGGUGAACCAGAUUUGGCAACUCCUGGCAAAUACGGCACAGUGGCGGGAUGGGGAGGAACAAAACAUGUUCCAAUUGGAGAAAGGGCUGAGACUCUCGACUCAUCAGAAGUGCUGAAACAUGCUUCUUUUCAAAUCCAAGAUGACCGGUUGUGUGUGAACAAAGCAAGCCUUAAAAUCGACUCUGCCAUAACAUUUUGCGCAGGGGAUGGUAAGGGCAAAAAUGACACUUGCCAAGGAGAUAGCGGUGGAGCAUACGUUCGAGAUACAAAAGUAGAAAAUGGCAAACGCCUUGCAUGGGUCGCCGCUGGUAUUGUAAGUUGGGGCGAUGGAUGCGCGGUUAAGGGGCAAUACGGAUACUACACUAAAGUACAUCCAUUUAUCGACUGGAUAAAGCAAAAAAUGAAACAUUAUAAAGAUUAGAAAAAUGUUCAAGUUUUUAUUGAAAUUGAGUCAACCUCCAACCCAUUGCCCACGAUGAGUUGUUGCUUGUUUAAGGCUUUUACUGUUCCCUUUUGACGAUUCUUUUUUACUAAUGGGCCACAGUGAUUACUUUGUUUUAUAGUCUUGCUGCUCCUAGAUCUGUAAUUGAAAUGCACUCAGUGUCUUUAAGAAAUGAUGACAGCAGUUUUUGUUAACAAUGACUUUUCAUUAUAAGAGGAUAUAAGAGGACGUGACAAGGUACCAAACUUUAAAGGAGAAUAAUCGAUUUUGGUAGACAGACGAUAUUCAUACAUGUAACUAUGAUUCCAAAGCCCCGAUUUUAAAGAAAAGUGUACUCUGAUAAUGAAGCCUUCAAUAUGUUUUUAAAAAUUUCCUUAAAUGGAAUAAUGAUGGCAGCAAAUUUUUUUUAUCCUUGUAACUUGAUGUCAGAUGAUAAUGGGCUCAGCGGUAUCUUGCUGUUUUUUUUCUUAGAUAAAGAAGUAAAUUAGUAAUA